ACGCGGGCAGCGUUUCGUUCAAGGGAUUCAUUGAAAAUAAGGUAGUAAAGUCUAUCAGUUACUGCUGUGUUCUGAGUUUGGAUAGACCCUCACCAGUAAGGGUUAGCUACGACAUUGCCAGGCUGCGGUUUGACUGUGGAAGUACGCGCGACAUGCAGGAGGACUCAAGCCACAGUCCCAGCUACACCGUGCCAUGUGACGACUUUGUUCAUGUGGUGGAGUUCAGUCCCUUCAGCUCUGGUACCCCGGCAUCUCUCCUGGCCUAUGGUGGAAACCAGUACAUGGUGGUGGGCACCUGCCUCUUCCAGGAGGAGGAUGUGGAGGUCGAGGGAGUUGAAUUCAAUGUUCUUCGAGCUUUUCACCAUGAACUGCGUGUCGACGCUCUAGCCUGGAGCCCUGAGUCUCGGCUGGACAGGAUGCCCACUAUCAGGUACUAGGCCACUUGCAUUCCACGUGCUUUGGCCUUCUUCUGUUUUUUUUUUGUUUUGUUUUUUUGUUUUUUUAAUAUCCAAAUCAAGUCUUUUUAUUAACAUCGUUCACUUUGUAGCUUGGUGGCUUGUUUAAAACUCUUCAUGUAAGCGCUUUCUGAAACAUGAAUGAAGACACCCAUGUUCAGCUUCGGGAGCUGAAGACAUUCAAAACAUGGGUGGUCACGUUUGAGCUUGAUUUGAGCUGAUGUUUCUGGUUUUCGCUGGGUUAAAUCAAUUGCCCCCUGCUAGGGCUGGGCGAUAUGGCCUAAAAUUUAUAUCGCGAUAUAAUUUCAAGCAUGUGCGGUAACGAUAUAUAUCACGAUAUAUUCUUUUCUUCUGUACAACG